UACUCUACGCAUCACGAUGAAACGACGUGCUUCGACAAUAUGAAUGGAAACUAACUUGAUACCUGUUAGAAGCACGCAUUAUCAACAAAGCAUGGAGUCCUCUGUAGCAGAGACAGGCUGCAAAAACAAACGAAAGAGGAACGAGCCCACAGAACACAGCAGCGUCAAAAGAAUAAAGGCUGAGCAGGAAGGCAAUGAAGCACUGCAGGAGAGACCCUCUGGUUCCCCCAGGCUCUCCAUGCAGCUCCACCGACUGCAACAACCCAUCACACUGAGCGAGCUGACAGAGCUGUUGCAUUUUGCUGCUCUAGGGGAAGUAGCCAAACAGCCCAGCUGGUGCCGUCUUCACCAUCAGAAAAGGGUCAAAUGUGUCAACGUUGUGAUUGUGGAGGACCUGACACAGAGUCACUUCUACAGGAAUUACCUCACCAUGGAGCACCUCAGGACCAACUACACCACAAGGGUCACCUUCACUCCAUCAUCUAAUAAUGUAGCUUCUGAAAUCUUCAGCAGCGACGUUCCUAAAGUGGACCCUUUAUCAGUUUCCACACCGGAUAACAAAAGGCAUAAAGCACUGACGGAGCACCCAGUUAUCACAGCAUAUGGGCCGCAGAGGAGAGGGUUAACCGCUUACAUUCUCACCACAGAAGAGAUGAUUAUGAACCACUACCCUGUCAAAGGAAUGCCAGGCUUUGAGGACUUCAGGUGCACAGUGAAUGUUCAUGUCACUGAUGACAGCCCUCUCUACGGACUGGACUGUGAAAUGUGUCUAACAGUAAACGGGUAUGAGUUGACUCGUGUCUCUCUGGUGGAUGGAGAUGGGAACUGUGUGUUGGACGAACUGGUGAAACCACAAAGCCGUAUUCUCAACUACCUUACCAAGUUCUCAGGCAUCACUGCAGCCAUGCUGCAACCAAUCACAACCACCCUGAAGGACGUUCAAGCCAAGCUCAUGAUGCUGUUGCCAGGCAACGCCGUGUUGGUGGGCCAUUCGCUCAACAAUGACCUCGUUGCACUGAAACUCAUUCACCAACAUGUAAUCGACACAUCGUUGCUGUACAGGAGAGAAUUUGGGCAGAGGUUUAAGCUCAAGGUUUUGACAGAGAGGGUGUUGAAGAGGCAAAUCCAAACUGAAGAGACCAGAGGUCACGAUUCCACCGAGGACGCUGUGGCCACUCUGGAGCUGGCUCAGUACUUUAUCAAAACCGGACCUCAUCAGGUUGUGGAGCUUCAUCUGGAGGAGCUGUGGGGAUACGAACUAGAGGAGGUGUCCUCUGAGUGCACGUCUGCACCAACACCAAGUCACAGGUUUACUGAUGUCCUGCAGACACUUGGUAGGUUUGUCAUCUUCAUAGGGAAGUGUUCUGACGUCACUCUGGACCUGUCCAACCAGCAGUGGCUCAACUCUGACAAAGAGGUGGUGUCAUCUUUCAGGAAGAAGACUAAGCACCGCUUCCUCUCCGUCCUCCAGUUUUCCUCAUUCUCAGACCAUCGGAAAAGAUGCUUUGCUCACCAUCAGCAGUUGCACCAGAAUGUGCGUGCGAAUCUUCGGGAUAUGUGCGUCGUGUUUGCCGGGCCUUUCCAUUCACAUUUCUCUGAGAAAGAAGUGAAGCGACUGUUUCGUCGCUGCGGGCGAGUUCGAAAAGUCCAAAUGUUGAACGCAGGUGUCAGAGUCCAUGCAGAGGUAGAGUUUGAGAUGCUGGAAGGAGCAAUCCUAGCUUUAAAAGUUCUGGACGGACUCAGUGUCCUGGGCCAGCCCAUCAAGGUGCAGAGGCCCAUGCACGGAUCAAUGUUGGACCUGGAUCUGAAUCUCGAGGCUUUAAUGAAUGAACCAUCUAACGCAUGCAACCUUUAUGUUGUAAAACUGAGUCAGCAUACAGCUCAGCGUUUAAACCUUUCAACAAAGGUUAAUGGAUACACACUAGAUGCAAAAUGUUCCGGUGUCGCUUGUGUUAAAAAGGCAAAUGGGCUGCCACCUGGUAAACCAAAAAAAGGUAAAGAGGUGGAUCUCACAUCUAAACUGUCUGAGGAAACUGUCAGAGAGACGUUUGGCCACUUUGGUCCUGUGGAGAGCAUCAUCCCACCUGGCAAACCAGAAAAGCACACAAGACAUGCAUGUAUAGAGUUUAAGAGCCCAGAGGCCAAACGUGCUGCUCUCGGCUCCUCCGAGGACCUGCUGCAGGACCAUUUCCUUACUUGCCCAUCUGUGACUCCGCCCCACCUACCUUCAUGGGUUUCCAUGACAACAGACGGAAAAAAUGCGAACACAGCUGAGGAACAGAGAAGAGCAUAUACAGACAGUUCACAGGAUCAGGAAAUGCAUCGCAUGAUGAAAAAACUGGACUUCCGGCUGAGAAAAGUCUUCAACUCCCUUCCAGACGGCACGUUGUCGGUGGUGCUUCUGCCUGGACACAUUAGCACGAAUGGCGACCAUCCUGGUUUAUGCCUAUUUGAGUUGAAAGAAUCCUGUGGAAAUGUAGUCAACAAAUUACCAACACGGACAGCUUGA